GAGGGAGACGGGGAGGGUAUUUUCUCUUUAAAAAGGAGCCCGUCCCGCUCUCAAAAUCCAGAGACCGGGCGUAACGUCUGAUUCGACUAACUGACUUUGAAAGAAGCCAGCUUGGUAAAGAGAGGCCAGUCGGACGGGCAGGCAGACAAGCCAGGAUAAGAAAGCCACCGAAGUUGAAGCCAGACAAGCAUCAUGGAGGGCACCAACAGCGCACUCGAGGAGGCUAUCGAAACCAUAGUGAAGUGUUACAACAAAUACUCCAGCAAAAAAUACAUCGUGGCCGGAAAAGUGGGGAUCAAAAAGUCCGAGUUCAAAAAGAUGCUCCAAAAUGAGCUGAACCACAUCUUGACGAACACCCACAACAAGAAGGAGGUGGAAAAAGUGUUCAAGGACCUGGAUCGCGAUGGGGACGGGGUGAUCGAUUUCGACGAAUAUUGGGAUCUGAUCGGGAGCAUUGUGAAGCCCAUCGCCCGCUAUAUGAAAGAAUAGGUGGAAAUUAAAGGCGGCCGCUGAACCCAAGGGAAACAAUCCACUGUAAUGACCCCAAAGCCCUUCGGCCGCCAUUUCUAUCCCCCUAAAUUCCCUGCAUUUUGGAGCCGCUAGUCUUAAGAAUACCCCACGUGGGGCAGGGGAAAUUCGGGGCAGGGGAGCCUCAGAAAUUAAGGGAGCUGUCAAACUGUGAUUUAUACUGCAAUAAAGCUUGGCGCCUCAAAACCCAGAAUUGCUUCUACUUUCUUCGUGAACUCUUUCUCCUCCAACAAGCUUCCGGUCCUCAUCGAGGACGGACGAGGCCAACUGUUGUCUCUCUGCAACAAAACGCACGUCGUCCCUCAACUUACAACAUCCCUCACUUAAGUUAAGCAGAAGAUUUUUUUAAAAUAAAAUAGAUUAAACAUUUACUUUUG